UCAAGCCAUGGCUCCUCCGUGCCUAACUGGGCCGGAAGCGGGCUGCGGGCGGGGUGCUCGAUGGCAGCUGGGGACGCCCCCGCUAUGCGGGGGACCGUGCCCGACGAGCACUCGCGGGAGGACUCGUACGUCGGCCACUGGGUCAGAGCACACAUAGGCGACAGGGGCGUGCUGGACAGCCAGCCGCAGGCCCUGCAGGGCGAUGGCCGUGACACAGCGGUCCUGCUGAAGGGGGUCGAGCCCAGCGGCAGCCUCGUGCGCCGCAAGAGCGUCGAGAGCGAGGAGGACUCCCGAGAGAAGGCGAAGUACACCGACAGCUUCGUGGGCAAGAUCGUGGUGAGCAAGGCGUUCGAGCUGUUGACUAUCGGUGUUAUCAUCCUGAACGCCAUGGCCAUUGGCUGGGACAUAGACUUCACUGCCAGGUGGAGGGCGAUGUUGCUUGCUGUUGCGGCACCUGUGAUG